CCGAUUUUCAGAAUUAUUGGAUGAAACUUUAUGUAGUUACUGUUCCAUCCUCAUAUGGCGUUGAGAACGAAUGUAGCUGUCACUGAUAUUUGCAUAUUUAUAUAACAUAAACGUUUCGAACUAAAACCAAAUAGCAAAAACAUGUCAACAGAUGUAGUUGUGGAUGCUCUUCCAUAUUUCGAUCAUGGAUAUGAAGAUACCGGCGUACGAGAGACCGCUCUGGCCAUGGUUGAAGAAGAGACACGACGAUACCGACCAACCAAAAAUUACUUGGAACAUCUUCCGCCAAUAAAUACGACUUCAUUUGAAAGCGGAUUAAUGCGAAAUGAAUUCGAACGCAUACAAAACCGUUUGCCCAUGGAACCGCUGAGUAUGAAACGAUAUGAAUUACCACCGCCGCCACCAAGUAAAAUAUCUGAAUUGACAGCAUGGCAAGAUGCUGUUGAAAAUUCAAUGGCACAACUGGAACAUCAAGCAGUACGUGCAAUGAAUUUAGAGUUGUUGCUCGAAUAUGGCUGUGAAACGUGGAAAGUCUAUUUGGAUGUGUUGACAUCAAUGUUGGCCAAAGCACAAAAACAACUAGAAAGCAUCAAGAAGGAAAUUCAAGAUAUCAAUUGGCAACGAAAGGACAAACAAACGGAGGCCGGUGUAAAAUUGCGUACACUCGAAACUCAAUGGGUCAUAUUGGUAUCGAAAAAUUACGAAAUCGAACAGGCAUGUGUUCGACUCGAAGAGGAGAUUGUAAAAUCAAAGCAACAAGAAACAAAUGAAGAAGGCAAUCAACAUUCUUCGAAUGAAGAAUCGAAUGAAAACAACGAGAAUGACAGAGAAUUUGCUGACGAACAACCACCAAUUACAAAUGGAAUUGAAAAUGGUUAUAAACAUACAAACGAUACAAAUGAAAUGGAGACAGACAAUUAAAUAAUCGAUUAAAGAAAAUUAA